GAGGGAGGGAGGGAGGGAAUCCCUGCAUUCGUCUCCCUCCCAGCCGAUCGGCAGGGUUUAUGGAGUCUCUGGGUUUGCGGGGAAAAUGAAAAUCUCUUCACUGGUCGUAGUUCUCCUGACUAGAUCUUUCGUUGGAGAAGUCUGCGCGGCCCUGAACGUGACGGUGACCCCGGGGCCGGUCGUCAUGUGCCCGGAGGGGUCGAACGUCACCCUGUCCUGCCGCGUGUCCCAGCGGAAGUGGGCCAGCAGCCUGCUGGUGGUGCGCUGGCUGUACGCCCGCCAGCAGGGGGCACAGGAGCACCUGAUCGUCAAGCUGAACAUGCGGAAGGGCCAGUUCUACGGGAACUACACGCGGCGCUUCGCCCAGCCCAAGCUGAGGCUGUCGGAGGAGGAGGAGGAGGACGAGGGCAGGGCCUUCAGGCUGCAGGUCCUGCGCGUGUCCCAGGACGACGAGGGGCGCUACGUCUGCAGGGUGCAGGAGAUCCGGAAGCACCGCAGCCGCUGGAGGGCGUUCUCCAACGGCACGGCCGCUGCCGAGCUGCGAGUACACACUUUGCAGGCCGCCAACAACAAGGAAGGGAUAUGGCGACUGUUUCAAGACGUUUACCUGUGUGCCCUGCUGCUUUGCUCCAUCGGGCUCGUGUGCAUGUUCCUGUUCCUGGUAAUCACCUCAUGCCAGUACCUGCAGAGGAAGCGGAGGUUGAAAGCCACUUACAAUUUGGUCAAGAGCCCUCAGAACAGUUCGGGGGAGACGGUUACCAGUAUGAUCGGCUCGUCUCCAGGGUUACCGCGGAAACAGACCUCCAAAGAUCCACCCAGCGGGAUGCCUCCUGACAUACCUCUGAAAGGUACGUCAACGAGAAGACCAAAACUUUUAAAGGUUCAACCAAGAAAAGUGGUUUUGCCAAAGAUCACAGAGGAGAACCUGACGUACGCCGAGCUGGAGCUGGUGAAGCCGCAGACCGAGACAAAGACGGCCUGCACAGGAACAGUCUACGCCCAGAUCCUCUUUCAGGAAAAGCAAAUGUAAAUAAAAAUGUAUCAUACGCCGUUUCAUACCAAAAGUGUAUUUAUAAAGCCGCUUGUACUACUUUUGUUUUCCGUUUUGUGUCAGAAAGGUGUGCCCUAACUGAAUAUAAUGGUGAAGGUUUUCUGUGCGUAACGUACUGAACAAAUGGGUUUUCUGCGCUUGAUGUACCGAACCAAUGUGAAUCUUUUUUUUUUUUUUUUUUGUUCAUAAUGUUACUCCUUGUACUUUAUAGGACUAGGUUCAUCUGCAUUUGAAGGAGAACAAGGACUCUGUUUGAAAUCACAUGCUUGCACGUGUACAUUGAAGGAUACUUUUAAACGUUAAUUUUCCCGGACAAAAAAGCUGUGGAUUACGGUUUUCAAUCAUGAGGACUGCCAUGUUUAUUCAUCACUGUUGUUUAUGUCUUCCAUAUUGAUGCUAGAACCAUCAACCUAAUAAGCUAAGUAAAUCAAAUAAUAAAGUAAUAUUAACA